CGAAGGUUUCACGCGUAUUCUUCUACUUCGCAGGAAGCGGCCAUGUCGUCGCGACGGAACUACGCGGCCAGAGGCGGCGGUGGACCAGCAGGCGGAUCUUCUGGUAAUAACGCUCGGGCAGGUAGAGGACACCCACCUCGCGGACCACCGCAGAUGCGACAAGACUCAAACAACUCCCGCGACAGCGACGAUGAUUUCAAUCAGCAAAACAACGCGCUCCUGGGUGUUCCUGUGUGGCAAGACUCCAGCGCGGAUGUUCAAAAUGGGUCGUACUUGGAAGCAGGGACACCCCAUCGCGCGGCACCGGACAACAGUCGACAGCCUCUUCAUCAUCAAUACUCGCAAUCGUCGAAUACGACACGUCACCACUACGCGCAGCAACAGCUCCAGCAGCAGCCUUACCAAGCUCCGCACAUGGUGAAUCACAUGGCUGACCCUCAAAUGGUGAUAGAAGGAGUUCAGCGUCAGCGUCAAAGCAAUGCAAUCGCUGUGAAUGCAGUACCAGCAACAACGGAAGAAGCUUUUCGAUUGAUCGCGGUCGGGGUGACUGCUGAGAGCGAAGAGCGAUACGAAUCUGCCGUGCGGAGUUUUCUUGACGGCGGUGAAAUGCUUUGCAUUGUGCACGAGCGCGAAACCGACAUGCACGUACGGUCACUGCUCAAUCAAAAAGCGACCCAAGUCAUUGCAUGGGCCGAAACAUUGAAUCGCUGGAUCGAGUCUGGGCGCGUUGGGGCUGCUCCGAAGCGCGACUCGUUCAAGGUCGGUGUCGACAUGGUGAACAGACUUGGGAAGUGCGCUGGGCCGAUUAGCGCGCACAGCCCCUCCGAACUUCGCACGAUGUACUACACGCCAUGCGCCAACAAAGUCGUGUCGGACUUUACAAACGAGGGCUACCGGCUCCAUUGCAUUGAGGAAGGGCGGUCGCCGCAGCUCAUGGUUGUCAUCACCAUGUACAACGAAGACGAAGUCGAAAUGUACUCGACGCUGAAAAAAGUGGCCAACAACAUCGAGCACAUCAAGAGCAAGCGGUUGCCUGGGUACGAAGGCGAUGACGCGUGGAAGAACAUCCUCGUGUGCGUCGUCAGCGACGGCCGCACCAAGGCGAACAAGGGAACGCUCGCCUUUCUCCGCGAUGUCGGCGUUUUUGACGAAGACGCUAUGAACAUCAUGAUGGUCGGUGUCGACGUGCAGUGCCAUCUCUUUGAGUUUUGCGUGCAGCUCAAGAAGGGCAAGGACAUUGCGGAGAGCGUCACGUCGCAGCAUUUGUACCCACCGACGCAGGUCGUAUUUGCUCUCAAAGAGCACAAUGCGGGCAAACUCAACUCGCACGAGUGGUAUUUUAACGCGUUCGCAGAGCAAAUUCAGCCCGAGUACACGGUUCUGUUGGAUGUGGGCACGAUGCCGACGGCGCGCGCAUUUUACCUGCUUCUUGCCGCCAUGGAACUGGACCCGCAGAUCGGUGGCACGUGUGGCGAAAUUGCCGUGGACCGGCCGAUCCCGCACCUGUGCAACUGGGUCAUCGCAGCUCAGCAUUUCGAGUACAAAAUCUCCAACAUCAUGGACAAGAGCCUCGAAAGCGUGUUCGGGUUCAUUUCGGUGCUACCGGGGGCGUUUUCCGCGUACCGAUACAAGGCCAUCCGGGGUGCGCCGCUGCAAGCGUACUUCAAGUCGCUCACAACACCCAUGCACGUCCUCGGCGCGUUCCAAGGAAACAUGUACCUGGCCGAAGAUCGAAUCUUGUGUUUUGAGCUCCUUGCGCGCAAGGGCCAGCGCUGGACGAUGCAGUACGUCAAAGACGCGAUCGCGCGCACGGACGUCCCGACCGACCUGACCGCACUCAUCGGGCAGCGACGGCGGUGGCUCAACGGGUCGUUCUUCGCGCUCGUGUACACGAUUCUGAAUUGGGGUCGCGUCUACACCGAGUCCAACCAUUCGUACAUGCGCAAGUUCUUUUUGUGCAUCCAGUACGCGUACAUGACGGCCAACGUCGCGCUGUCGUGGAUUCUGCCGGCCAACUUUUUCCUUGUUACGUACUACCUCGUCAUCAUUGGAUUCCUCGAUGACAACUGGGGCUACAUCCCCACGACCAAGAUCUCCCCCGGUGCCAAGCAAAUCGCGGUCCAAAUCUUCUCGCUGCUGUACGGGUCGUCGUUUCUUGUGCAGCUGGUUGCCGGUCUUGGAAACAAGCCCAAGCACAUCAAAAACUUGUACCGGCUGACGGCUGUCUUCUACGCGCUCGUGAUGACGUUGACGACUGUGAUUGCGGUGGGAUUCAUUCUCAAGCCCAUCAUCGACAAGUUCAAGCAGGGGCUGAAAAUCUCGGACAUCCAAAGCAUUUUGGAAAAUUUCAAGAUCGUGGACGCCGCGGCCUUUGUCGCGUCGGCGGGGGUGUUUUUCCUCGCGUCCGCGUUGCACUGCGAGCUGCAUCACAUCGUGCUCACGUUUGUGCAAUACAUGGCGCUGCUGCCGACGUUUGUCAACAUCCUGAACACGUACUCGUUCUGCAACCUGCACGAUUUGAGUUGGGGCACGAAAGGGCUCGAGAGCUCGGAGGGCCAUGGCCCAAAGGCGAGCGGUGGCAAGGGUAACUUCAAAGACGCUGUUGAGAAGAAGAAGGCGGAAGAGGCACGCAAGGCCAAAGAAGCCAAGAUCAAAGACGAAAUGGAAGGGUCGUUCCAACGAUUCCGAUCGACGCUGCUCAUCUUUUGGCUCAUGUGCAACAUGGGGUUUGCGUACUCGGUGAUUGUGCUCGACGUCAACGAGGCCGGCCAGCAAGGGCUGAACUACCUCAAGUUUCUCUUUUACACGGUCGCGGUUUUCAAUCUGUUCCGGCUCGUCGGGUCGAUUCUGUUUUUGAUCUCGAGUUUCAAGCUCAAGGUGUUUCGGUGUUGCAUCCGAGGGACGAUGGAAGAACGAAUCCGGGCCAAAGCGAAGCGGCGCAGCCAAGGUCCUCCCGGCAACAUCGUCUAGACGGACCCUCUUUGUCUUGCUAUGCGUUCAAUCGAGUCGUUGUCGUUCAUUAUUCG